AUGGAAUCCGUGAGAAGUGGAUGGAAUCUGGGAGAAGGGGAUGGAAUCUGGAGAAGGGGAUGGAAUCUGGAGAAGGGGAUGGAAUCUGGGAGAGAAGGGGAUGGAAUCUGGGAGAAGGGGAUGGAUUCUCGGAGAAGGGGAUGGAGUCUAAGAGAAGGGGAUGGAAUUUGGGAGAAGGGGAUGGAAUCUGGGAGAAGGGGAUGGAAUCUGGGAGAAGGGGAUGGAAUAUGGGAGAAGGGGAUGGAAUCUGGGAGAAGGGGAUGGAAUCUGGGAGAAGGGGAUGGAAUCAGGAGAAGGGGAAGGAAUCUGGGAGAAGGUGAUGGAAUCUGGGAGAAGGGGAUGGAAUCUGGGAGAAGGGGAUGGAAUCUGGGAGAAGGGGAUGGAAUCUGGAGAAGGGGAUGGAAUCUGGAGAAGGGGAUGGAAUCUGGGAGAAGGGGAUGGAAUCUAGGAGAAGGGGAUGGAUUCUGGGAGAAGGGGAUGGAGUCUAAGAGAAGGGGAUGGAAUUUGGGAGAAGGGGAUGGAAUCUGGGAGAAGGGGAUGGAAUCUGGGAGAAGGGGAUGGAAUAUGGGAGAAGGGGAUGGAAUCUGGGAGAAGGGGAUGGAAUCUGGGAGAAGGGGAUGGAAUCUGGCAGAAGGGGAUGGAAUCUGGGAGAAGGGGAUGGAAUCGGGGAUAAGGGGAUGGAAUCUGGGAGAAGUGGAUGGAAUCUGGGCGAAGGGGAUGGAAUCAGUGAGAAGGGGAUGGAAUCUGGGAGAAGGGGAUGGAAUCUGGGAGAAGGGGGCAAAUCUGGGAGAAGGAGAUGGAAUCUGGGAGAAGGGGAUAGAAUCUGAGAAGGUGAUGGAAUCUGGGAGAAGGGGAUGGAAUCUGGGAGAAGGGGGUGGAAUCUGGGAGAAGGAGAUGGAAUCUGGGACAGGGGGAUGGAAUCUGGGAGAAGGGGAUGGAAUCUGGGAGAAGGUGAUGGAAUCUGGGAGAAGGGAAUCUGGGAGAAGGGGAUGGAAUGUGGGAGAAGGGGGUGGAAUCUGGGAGAAGGGGAUGGAAUUGGGGAGAAGGGGAUGGAAUCUGGGAGAAGGGGAUGGAAUCUGGGAGAAGGGGAUGGAAUCUGGGAGAAGGGGAUGGAAUCUGGGAGAAGGGGAUGAAAUAUGGGAGAAGGGGAUGGAAUCAAGGAGAAGGGGAUGGAAUUAG